UGAGGAGCGCGCCCCGGCCGCGUGCCACGGCCCCGCGCCUCAGACACCAGGGACAGCGACAGCGAGCGCCGCGGCCUCUCGACGAGAUGGCUUCGCUGCGGGCCAAACAGAGGGAAAUGACCAAACUUCCUGUCUUUGAGGGUCUUGCAACCAAGGCCCUGCGCCUGUUGCGAGCCGACCUCUACUACUGUGAUGGUGCUAAUCACGACGAUGGGCCGCUUACCCAACACCUGCGAUGGUGGGUGCAACUUCUAGACGCAGGCGAACUCCCUGGAAGGACAAACUAUCUCAUGGCGCUUUUUCGGCAAAGCAUUACGAGUUUGGUCAUUGCCGUGGCGGUGAUGGUGCAGAUGAUUUACGACACUGCCGUCACCGGAAGUAUGUUUGGGUUUCGGAUCGGCCUCGCCGUGUACACGACCAUCGUCGUCAUCGUCUUGUUCAUGCAGCGGCGACGCGGUAUCAAGGUUGGCGUCUGCCAGCUUAUUGAACUAAGCACCUCCCUUGAUAUCCACGGGCAGGCGCAGACUAAGAAUCACAUGGCUGCCACCGCCCACCGCUGCGCCAAGCUCGUGCGCUUCUACGAGGCGUACGCCUGGCUGGCGCAGGCUGCCAUCUUCACGGCGCUGAUCGCUCGGAACCCUACCUGGCAGUACCACGCGGUGGCCGGGUUGGAGCCGGUGCUUGGUGAGCACCUGGAGGUCGCAGCGAACAUGCUCCGUUUGGUCUACCUCGCGUUCCAGUUGUUCACGGGGGUGUGUGCCGUGGUGGCCGACUACAUGGCGGUCGUCCUCCUCCUGGUCAUCUACAUCUCUAUGGGGGACAUGUACGAUGCCUUGGGCGAGGUCCUUCAGACAAGGCCCUGCGACACGCUCUUGGCGCGGCAGCAGAGCGUUCUCACGCAGGCCUCCCUCACGGUAGACGAGGCCGUGUCUGACCUGCUCCCGCAGGUCCUUAUCGUGAGCGUCGUGGUCCCACUGCUUUGCACCGUAGAGGCGAGUUAACUAUAUACUAGAGUUUCCAGAGGACCGCCACCAUUGGCACCAUCGAGCGCGUCAAACGACGGCACUAGUUCGAACAGGCAUGAGCCCUAAUUUCGGACAUUAGGGAUGAUAGCCGUUUUCUGUCAGUUCUGUGGCAAGUAGGGGCACUUAAAAACUUGCACGUCGUGUAAUGUUCUGACACUUUAUCAUUCCCAUGCCGAAAGUUGACACUGGGCGCUUGCCUUAUCAUAGCAUUAUCCAAGUCUUGCACGUGGCCCAAGCUGUCAUGUUCCAGUCCAACAGUUGGUUGUC